GAUCCGAGGGCCCGAACUCAGUGAGGCGGGAGGAACUGCACGGAGCGGUUGGGGAUCGCAGCUCCGUGAAGAGCGGGCUUUGGAUUUCAGUAAAGUUCCUUAUGUCUUCCCCUGAAAUUGCUUCCCUCUCAUGGGGGCAAAUGAAAGUACAAGGCUCUACUAAAAUCUAUAAGGACUGCAAAGUGUGGCCAGGGGGAAGUCGGGAUUGGGAUUGGAGAGAAACAGGAACUGAGCAUUCUCCUGGUGUGCAGCCUGCAGAUGUGGAGGAAGUUGUCAAGAAGGGUGUGCAGACCCUUGUGAUUGGCCGAGGGAUGAGUGAGGCCUUAAAGGUCCCCCCAUCAACCCUGGAGUACCUUGAGAAACAAGGCAUUGAUGUACGAGUACUCCAGACAGAGAAGGCCGUAAAGGAGUACAAUGCCUUGGCUGCCCAAGGUGUCAGGGUCGGAGGGGUCUUCCAUUCCACCUGCUGAUGAAGCCUUAAAACAAAUCACUGUCCUGGCCAAUAUGGCUCAGUUGGUUGGAGCAUCUGUGCACCAGAAGGUUGUGGGUUCGAUCCCCAGUUGGGGUGAGUGUGGGAGGCAAUUGAUUUAUCAAUAUCUCUCUCUCACAUCGAUGUUUCUCUCUCACUCUCCUUUCUCUCUCUCUCUUCC